AGUAAGGUUAACUAAUUCUUGUCAAAAUUGACAAGGACAAUUUAUUCUGUAACAAUACAUGAACGUUGUUCGUAUUUUCCAGUGAUUUUCUUCCAGAAAAUUUUUCAUAAAUUAGAUAACGACCUGUACAGAGGCAAGGAAAUUAAAGAUGUGUGGAGGUUUCACUUGCUCCAAAAAUUCCCUCAUAGCACUUAACAUUCUAUAUAUACUGGUAGGAUCUAUUUUGAUAAGUGUUGCUGUAUAUGGAAGGGCUGCCUCCGUUGUAUCCAACCUGCCGAUAGUUGGUGUACUGAUAGCAUGCGGAAUUAUCCUUAUUAUGAUAUCCAUGCUUGGGCUCUUAGGAGCCAUAAAGCAUCACCAAGUUAUGCUUUUCUUUUACAUGGUGAUACUUUUCCUGCUUUUCCUCUUGCAAUUUUCUGUAGCAUGUGCUUGCCUUGGGGUUAACACUGAACAGCAAGAGCAGAUGGCAGAGCAAGGUUGGAAUAAAGGAGGUAAUUCAACAAGGAUAAGGGUUCAAGAUACCUUCACUUGUUGUGGUUUUAGUGAGCAAAUUGAUAAGGAACAUGCUCCUCCAAAGUGCGAAGAAGAGCUUAUGUUGAAGUGCUGUCCUGACCCUAAUAUCGAGGACUGCAAAUGUCCAAAAUGUAUGAACAAACUGAGAAGCACAAUAAGUUAUGCCUUCAAACUGUGUGGUUGGAUUGGAUUAUUCUUCAGCUUUACUGAGUUCAUGGGAGUCUUGCUAACUGUACGCUAUCGUAAUCAGAAAGAUCCCCGAGCUAAUCCCAGUGCAUUUCUCUAGUCUGAAAACUACGGAAUGGAUAAUAGGACUGGUGCUGACAAGACGCUAUCGCAACCAAACACAUCCGGAUUUGUAUCUCAAAGCGACUGCUGUGUUUCCAAGAAGUAAUUUCACCUAUUGAUUCUAGUCUCUACUUUUUAGAGGUGUUCUUCGAUGAAUUGCCAUAAAAUACCAAAGAUUAUUGACUUCCUCAAAUAUGACGUAACUUUGUGUUCAAAAACAGAUAGUUAUUGUAUUGUAUUGCAUCACGGUAUAAUUAAAGCAUUUUUUCUUUUACGAAUGAGACGUGACAGCCAAGACAAUGUGAUUGCAUCAACAAAGGCUGGUGAUCAAUAAUAACUUUUCUAUUAGUUGGAAAUUUCAGGCUUGAACACUUUCUUGAAGAUCUUUUCCUCUAUAUUAACUGUAGUAACAAAAAAAGUGUGAUAAAGCUUUUUUUUCAAUUGUAGCUCGUUCAAAGAAGUUUUGGUUGUGAUAUUUAUUCUUUUUUGUUUUUUUUUUUGAAGAAUAGAUCUCUGUAUCGCUUUCAUAAUAAUUUUCUCAUGGUAUAACAUCAAAUAGAAAUGUACUGUCACAAGUUUUUAUGUCAAGAAUAUUCUGAAAUGCUCAGAACUAAUUACUAAUUUGAAGUAGUAAAUAAGAGUUGUUGAAAAUGCCUAUUCAGUCUGAUGAAGCUUGUUGUAUCUUCAGUUAACUGCGCAAUUGUUCACUCUAGGAAAUGUACGUAGUCAUUGUUCAUUUCCAAUUAUGACAUUUUUUUUUUGACUGAUUGCGAUAAACUGAUUUCAGGCUGUAAAUAUUGGGACAAGUAAGUCGCUAAUUAUAGUUAGUGUAUUUUGGUACAUCAAAUGAGAUACCUAAUUUUGAUAAAUAGACAUCUAGUGUGUAGGUGCAUUACUUUUGACUCUUUCAUGAGCCAAUUUAUAUUUUUAAUUCCUACUUAGUUUAUGUUUAGCUUUAUGAGAUAACUAAGGUUUCCUAUUUCACAGCAAAAUUAUUUCAUCACCAUACAUUUUAUUUAUAACUCAGUGAUCUCCGGAGUAGUCGAUGAUCUGCUCAGUAUGAAGCCUUAAGGGGUUACAUGUUUCGAGCUUCUAUACGUACUAUGUUAUAUUCUUGUUCGUUAUUUAUUUAUAUGAUAAACAAUUGUCAGUGCUCAGUGGUAAGUUAAUGUUAAUGUUCAAAUUCAAACAUUGUCAUUGUGAAUAUAUGUAUAUCAAUUUAUUUUAAAAUAAAUAUUAUGAAAAU